ACAAUAUAUACAUACGCCUCUAUGCUAUGCGGUCUACAUUCCAUGCACAUUUACAUUACAUUACCCACCUCUCUCUCUCUCUGUCUGUCUUCCAUUCCAUAAUUCCAUAAUCUCUCUUUCUCUCUCUGCAAUUCCCAAUUUUCUCUCUCUACAUCCCACAAAAAUGGCUCAGAGGACCGAGAAAGAAGACGCCGAAUUCAAGGUCGUCACCCUCUGUGUCAACAACUGCGGCCUCACCGCCAACCCUGCUACCAACAACAUGUGCCAGAACUGCUUCGCCGCCGUCGCUGGAGUCUUUGCCGGAGCCAAGAGUCCUAGAUCCAGCUCGUCCGCUUUGCCGCUGAGGUCUUCCGAUUUGGCGGAGACCAGCCGGGAUCUGACGAAGCAGGAUCAGACGACGGCGGCGGCAGCUGAUCAGCCGAAGGAGAACUUCGCGGCAACGGCGAAGAGGGUGGUGAAUCGGUGCUCCGGAUGCCGGAGGAAGGUGGGGUUGACCGGAUUCCGGUGCCGUUGCGGGGAUCUGUUCUGCUCGGAGCACAGGUACUCCGACCGACACGAGUGCAGCUACGACUACAAAUCGGCCGGUCGCGAGGCGAUCGCGAGAGAGAAUCCGGUGGUGAAAGCGGCGAAGAUCAUCAGAGUUUGAAUCGGAAAAUAUGGAAGAAAUGGAAUGCGUUUGGAGAGAUCGGACUCGAUCUGUUGUUCUCCAUCAUAGAUGAACUCUCUCUCUCUAGAGUCUAGAGAGAGACAGGGAGAACCAGAAAGGUGGAGAGAUUAAGAGAUAUGUUUGAAUGAUUUGAACAUAUUUUGUAUAUAAUAAAAAAAAAAAAUUAUCUCUUUUUCUUGUUGUACUAUUCUAAUUAUAUUUGUCUUUGCUUUGAAGCUGUGUGGUUUAUGAAAAUUCUGUGGUGUUGAGAUUGU